AUUUCUAUCAAGAUGGUUCAACAGCUAACAACCAAGAAGCCAGCGGAUGCCCAGAAGCAGGAUCCUUCCAGCCUUCAAAAGCCGGUUCCAUUGAAAAGCAACUACAAUGCCAAACUUAAGAUCUGGAGUGGGGCUCCCAUACAGAACAGAUUUGGGAAAGACUUAUCCAUCGGGGAGCUAAUCUUCAAGGAAAUGGAACGUAAUCCAGAACUCAUUGCUCAGAUCUCGGCCACUGAAGAAACAGUUUUGACUCGCAGAGAACUGCAACAAAAUGCCAUGCGGGUAACCAGCUACUUGCGAAGAGAAAAUAUAGGACAACAGGACAUUGUGGGCCUUAUGGCCAGGCACACAACCCACAUGGCGGCCGUGGCCUAUGGGUGCUUCUUCAACGGCACUCCGGUCCACUGUCUGCACAAGUCCUAUGAACUGGCAACCAUUGACAAGCUAUACGGCCUGACCCGCCCAAAGAUUGUCUUCUGCGAUGGCGAUGAGUAUGAAAAAGUUAAGACGGCUACUGCCGGUCUAGAUUUAAAAAUCAUCACCCUGCGGAACCACAAACCAGGAUCUAUUCCGAUUCAGACCAUUCUGGAGACCCCCAUAGAGGAUAAUUUCCAGCCUACUCGCCUGGAGCUGGGAAAUGAUCAGACCUUGGCCAUUUUGUGCUCAUCGGGGACCACAGGAACUCCCAAGGCAGUUACCAUCAGCAACUCUCAUCUGAUCAUUCCCACCGAUGUAAAAAUUGCCAGCUCUACUGUUCAGUAUACCUACAGUACUUUGGACUGGAUUUCUGGCCUUAUUAUGAUUCUUAUGGCUGGAGCCUUCAGCACCACAAGUAUCGUGGCAGAUAACGAGUUCGAUCCGGGUUUUGUGUGCCACCUGAUUGAGAAGUACAAGGUGGCUUUGUUGUUUGCCAGCUCGCCACAUGCCGCCAAGCUGGGCAACAGCAAGGAGUUCGAGUCCGCCGACCUGUCCAGUCUGAAGUACUUCUUCUACGGUGGUGCCAACUGCUCCCUGGAUGUGCAGCAACGCAUCCGCCAUCGAAUCGGCCGCAAUAUCCUGCAUUUUGGAUACGGGAUCACAGAGCUGAAUGCCAGCAUUGGCAUUAACUUCAACUAUGACGGAAAGCCGAACUCUGUGGGUCGUCCUUUGUCGGGAGUCCAGGUAAAAGUGCUCGCCAAGGAUGGUAGUCUUCGUGGUCCCAACGAGGUGGGGGAACUCUGUGUGUACAAUGGCCAGCACUGGUCGGGAUAUUACGGCAAUCCUGAGGAAUCCGCCUCGGUAAAGGAUGCCGACCAGUGGUUACACACUGGAGAUCUGGGCUAUCUGGACGAGGACGGCUAUAUAUUCAUUGUCGACCGCAUCAAGGACAUGCUGAAGUACCAAAACCACAUGUACUAUCCCAGUGACAUCGAAAAGGUCAUUGCCGAGAUUCCGGAUGUGGUCGAGGCCUGUGUUUUUGGCAUAUUCAGGGCGGAAAAUGGAGACGAAGCCGCUGCCUCGGUGCUCCUUAAGGAAGGUAGCACCCUGCAGGCCCAGGAUGUGGUGGACUUCGUGGAGAGACACAUCGAAGCCAAGUACAAGCAACUGAAUGGAGGGGCUCUGAUUGUGGAGGAUCUCAUGCGAAGUGCCAAUGGCAAAACGAAUCGAAGGGCCACAAAGGCACACUUUCUAAAAGUUACCAAUACCAGGGAGGAUAAGUGAUGAUAGAGUUGGAUUAUUUAGAGAUAAGUGUGAUUUAAUAAAUGAAUAAUAAAUGGAAAAUAUUUGCAAAGA